GCAGAGGCCACAAAAAUAAAAAGGAAAAUAUACAAAGCUGCUCGAUCUGCCUGCCUUCUGGAGCAUUCCCCCUUUCCUCACUCCCCUUCCCUUUCUGAGGUGAACUGUGCUUGCGGCGCGAUCGCCAAAUGAUUAUCAAAUUCCAGUCCGCGCACGACACCUAUUCGACGAAUGGCCUCCGCGGGCGUGGCUCGGACACCAUGUUCAAGAGGGACGCCCCCAGCACUGACAUGAUCAGCGGCCUCCCCGAAGGAGUUCUUCACCGCAUCAUGUCCUUCCUCACCUUGCGCGAGGCAGUGCAGACGUGCGUGCUCUCGCGGCGGUGGCGCAACCUCUGGCUCUCCAUGCCUCUCAUCAACGCGGACUACAAGCAGUUCUUCGAGAUGACGGACACUAAAGCGGGAUACGACGAGGCGUUGGCGGUGGCGGUGCCGAUGUUCAAGAGAUUUGUGAACCGGCUGCUGGAACUCCGCGACCCUGUUGCCUCUAUUGACAAGUUCUGUCUCUGGUACUCCAUAUCUGAUGACAACGAGGAUGACACCGAGUCGCAAGAUGCUGCCGCCAACAGGUGGAUCAGUCAAGCUUUGCAGAAGAAGGCCCGGGUUGUAGAGGUUUACGGUGACCUCGUCUUCGCUGACCUCUACCCGUUGGUGAUUGAUCACUCUGUGUUUACUUCAAGCUACCUGACAAAAGUUGUGUUCUCAAGUGUUCUUCUGGAAGAUGGUUUCUUCAAGCAACUCGAGUCGGGCUGUCCAGCAUUGGAAGAUCUCUCCUUAGAUGACUGCGUCAUUAGCGGUGAUGAGAUCUCCUCCCAGACACUGAAGGUUUUGACCAUCAAGGACACUAAGUUCUCCAUGGAACACAAGACUUCUAUUAAUACUCCAAGUGUUACUUCUCUGACAUUGUGGAGGCCUGCGCACGGCAUAGUUGUACUGAAGGACAUGGCAUCAGUAGUGACUGCAUCAGUUAAACCUAGUGAGUUUAUUGAUGAAUUUGAUGCUAGGGGUUUGCGCCAAUAUCUAUGGGCACUUUCUGGUGUUAAAAAUUUGGAGUUCUAUUAUCUGGGCGAGCUGACAAUCGAAGGCAAUUUGCAAUUGUGUCCGAAAUUCAACAAUCUUGUCAACCUGACUCUCGGUCGAUGGUGUCUGGAUGCGAAUUUCUAUGCUUUAAUUUUAUUCAUGCAGAACACACCAAGACUAGAGAAGCUAACACUGAAACUCCAUCCGUUUCGUUAUCAGCAACAAAGAAUCAUUGGUGAGCUUACUGAAAGAUCAUUUACAUGUGGUCAUCUUAAGAUUGUUGAAGUCAUAUGCUCGGAGAAUGAUCCCCUGAUCAACCACUUGGUUGACUUCUUUGUUAGUAGCGGUAUGACCACUGCUCAGAUUCAUAUCAAACACUAAAGCCAGAUGCAGCAUCAAGGGCCUCUAAUUUUCUGGCCUGAGUAGAUAUGAAAUAUCAAAGGAUCUCUUCUCUUGUUGUCCCAUUGAAAAAUAAUAUUCUUUUUGGGAUGGAUAUACAUACAUUGGUUGAUUCCAGCUGAGUUCGAUGGCACAUAAGACUAGUUUAUCUUCCGCUCUUGUUUGGUGCUACGACUUGAGUGCACCCAAUCAGUUGUCUUGGAUCUUGACUUCUUGAGUUGCUCCAUUGCUUGUACCUUGUAAUGUCACUCAGUGUUGUUCUAUUCGCGGAUAUUCGUUCUGCCUGUUUGGUUACAUUGUUUGCUGGAAAACCAUUGAUCACAUGAUCAGAACACUGCAUGUUACAUGUUUGAGUAUCCCAUAUGGGAUUCAUGUUUUUUUUUUCUGAUAGUUUUGUUACAAUCCUGUGACCUGCUUUCAAUUUUAGUUGAUAUAUCAAUCAGCUUUUCCCAUUGUCCAA